GGCGCGCGGCACAAUCGCCGGUGUUCCGUCGCCGCGACCGCACGCCUCCCGCCCGCGCUGUGUCACAAGUUUUCACCAAGUUUAUCGCUAACGCCAAUGGGCGUCCACAGUGGAACAUAAGUGCAGUGUCGUCGAGCCCCGUGAACUGUUUGUGUGUGCAGCGGCGGCUGCGGCAGCCAUGGAGGCCUACUACGAUAUAUCCAAUGACCUGAAGGACGUUUGGGAUGCGGACAUCGACCCGGAGAUGCGUUCAGCGGUGCUGGAGGCGCAAGACUCCCUAUCAGACUGGGCUGUCCGGGACAAGGGCGUGGUGCUCCACGACCGGUUGAUGACCGACGCGGCGCUGGGACACGCGCCCAUCAAGACAGAACACUCGUACAGCCUCUCUGAUGACUCUGCGGAUAGCUCGCCGCAUCACGGGAAGGUUGAUGACAUGGAGGACGAGUGCUACCCCACCAUCCCGGCCAGCGCGUGGAGCCGGCGGCGCCGCCCCUCCAGCCCCGGGGUGAAGGCCGAGCCCAAGUCCGAGCCCUCGUCCCCCGCCAGCUCCUGCCCGCCCUCGCCCGCGCCCUCCACGCCGCAUCUAGACUAUGUUAUUGAUCACACGACGGGCACGAUCCACAUGCCGGGCGGCGCGGUGGCGGGCGGCGCGCUGCCGCGGCUGCUGCUGGGCGCGCGCGCCACCACGCUCGCCGUCAAGGUCACCUCCUCCAGCUCCUCGUCAGGUUUCUCCCUGCCGCCGACGCCCCCAUCAUCCCUCUCGUCAUCAGACAGCGAGGGGGCGCUGUCCCCCGCGCGCGACCCCGCGCCCCCCGCGCCCCCCGCGGCCCCCGCGCGCCGCCACCACCUGUAUGCUGCGCACCACUCCUCGCGGCAGCCCAUUAACACGCCGCUUAUUAGCUCGCAACCGAAGGGCUCGACAGGCUCGCUACUGCUGACGGCGGAGGAGACUCGCACGCUGCUGGCCGAGGGCUACCCGGUGCCCACGCGCCUGCCGCUCACCAAGCAAGAGGAGAAGGCGCUCAAGAAGAUACGCAGGAAGAUUAAGAACAAGAUUUCAGCACAAGAGAGCCGGCGCAAGAAGAAGGAGUACAUGGACCAGCUCGAGCGCAAGGUGGAGCUGCUGCUCGCCGAGAACUGCGACUACCGACAGAGGGUGGAAGCUCUAGAGCAGAGCAACGCGCGCCUCCUGGGCCAGCUCGCCUCGGCACAAGCUCGCGCGAGGCACUAGAGGAGGCCCGAGGCAGCCCAAGGCACCGCGAGGCAGCCAGCGCCGCCCGUCCGCUCACCUAGCUACUAAGUGUGUUGUUUGAAAUCUCGUAAUAUAUUUUAAAAUUUGUGCUGUCGAAGCGUUACAUAAUAUUUAAGUCUUAAUUUGGUGCGCGUUUUUAUUAAAACGCGCGUGUAGGUUUAAGCAGUGUAUUGUUACCCAAAGCUUACGUAGAAUCGGUGCGAGCUAGUGGCGCCGCGAGACGGCGGCGUAAUAAAUAAUGUAAGGCCGGCGACGCCGUCUUACUGAAUAAUAUUGAAUUCCAUGAAUUUGCAUUUAUAUCGUGAAAUGUUUAUCGUCCUAGAGAUUUUAUCUUGUAUUUAAGAACGCUAAGUGAAUGUGUCUGUACACUGAAGCACCGAUUUGUCUGACAAAUGUCUCGGUUCGUCUAGUCGCUCAGGACUCGCUCUGACUGCGCAAGCGCAAACUCACACACACACCCAUACACACACACAAGUACAAACGACCCCUUCACAUUCCACCCUGUACCUAACACUAUCUUAUUCACUUACUAAACAAAGUUUUACAUCUAACUUUUUAACAUAAUUUCGCGUUUCAUCAAUAAAUAGGUUUGCAGCGCAGCUGAGCGACACUUGAUCAUCCUAAAGCUACUGACACUCAUUUAUUUAUAAAUUAUAAUUAAUUGUACUAAACAUUCCAUUACCCUCUCUAAGAGCGACUUAAAGUGAGCUUAAGUACUUAUCAACCCUAAACCUAGGUUUAACUAAUAUCCCUCUGUACAAAUUUAAUCUUUACCUGUUUUACCUUGGUCUAAUGCAGGCCAUGUAUCUACUUUUUAAAUUCUAUUCAAUGUUAGAAUAAUUAUACAUUAUAUUAUACUUACCUAGAAAAUUUUACGGCUUAAAUUAUAUCAACUAUAUUAUCUACUUCUGUAUUACUACGGUAACUCUGGUGUGCAAUUACUUUCUACAAAUUAUAUGUAAAAAUCGUUCUUCCUAUUUAGAUGUUAAGAGUGUUAUAUUUAAACGGAGCUAUUUACUAAUAUAUCGUCAUAUUGAGUCCCUAGUUCUCAAGGGAUCAUAUAUUUAAAUGAAUUGAGAUGUACCUAUUUUAGGAGAUAUUUUUCUAAAUGAAUGUUGGUGUUUUACCGCUGAUGCGUCGAGAGCGCCACGCAACGUGUGCCUGCCUUAUAUACAACUGUAUAUUGUAUACCAUAAGUGUCGUUGUAGUGUAGACAAAUACGAUAUUGAAAAAUAUCCUAAAUUAAAGAAAUAUAUUUAUAUGUUGCUGGAAGAUGAUUCAAUCUGUAAUUUACCAUUUUGAGUAAACCAAACGCUAGAAAAUUAUAUGAAACAGAUUUCAUCACAUUCCGGCACCAUUGCAUAGCAUAUAUUUAACGUGUGAAAUAUUUAAUUCCUACUGCGGCAUUUACCCGUCUAAACAGGAGUGAUGUUUUUUUUAUCGAAAAGGACUUAUAUGAAAUAAAUUAAAUAGCGAAAGUAGUAAUUACAAUAUGUUACGUUAUAAAGUAAAUACUUGAAGAGGCCUGGGCCUCGUGUCUCGACACAGUGGCGCCCGCGGCGACAUCUGGCUUCACUGUAAAUUAUCCGAAUUAUUGUAAUCUUGCUCCGGUCUCAUCGCGGAGUGUGGAGCCAGCUGCAGGUGCGUAGUCCAAGCCCCAUGGCCGCCCAGAACCCACCAAUCAGGUGGGAAUUACCUCAUGUCUGAUUGGACAAGCCACAAGCGAUAGUGCUUCCAACUGUUGACCGCCACUGAAUGCGGCACUCUGAUUGGCCGUUGGGGCUUGGUCGGCCGCGGGCGCGUAUAGAAACAGCCGCACUAUAGUGUAAGGUUGUGUUAACAAUAUUGUUAUUCAAUAAAAGUGUAAUUUUAUUGAUAGUUUUAAUUUGUUAAAACUAUUCACUGUUACCCUUUGAGUCAUGACUUUGUUGAAUCGUUUGUUUUAUUAUUAUUUCCAAUGACAUUACGGAUUUUACUGUGUCACCCUUGAGCUGAAUAAAGCGACAAAUAUUGUAAAAAA